AUGGGAGUCCAAUCCAAGGAAGUGAUCCCGCCAUGGGGGCUGGCAGUUGCUGGUGCAAGUGGUGCCGUUCUCGCGAACGCUCUGGUAUAUCCGCUGGACAUAGUCAAGACGCGUCUUCAAGUCCAAGUGAAGAGGAAGCCCGAGGAAGUAGCAACAACUACCAACGAUCGACAUUACGACGGCGCCCUGCAUGCAAUCGGCUGUAUCAUUGAGGAUGAGGGCCUGGCCGGUCUCUACUCUGGCAUGUUCGGUUCGCUCCUUGGAGUUGCAAGCGCCAAUUUCGCCUACUUCUACUGGUACUCUGUUGUCCGAACUCUGUAUAUCUCACGACGCGCCGUUCCCGGACCGCCAUCCACAGCUAUCGAGCUCAGCUUAGGUGCAGUCGCUGGAGCAUUGGCACAGCUGUUCACCAUCCCGAUUGCAGUUGUUACCACGAGACAACAGACACAGCCCAAGGGAGACAAGAAGGGCAUGUUGGAAACAGCAAGAGAGGUCAUCAACAGUGAAGAUGGGUGGACAGGCUUGUGGAGAGGCAUGAAGGCGAGCUUGGUCCUCGUUGUGAACCCGGCCAUUACAUACGGUGCAUACCAAAGACUCAAGGAUGUUAUCUACCCAGGCAAAGCCAGCCUCAGACCUCACGAGGCAUUUUUGCUCGGCGCAAUGUCCAAGUCACUAGCAACCAUCGUUACCCAGCCGCUCAUUGUUGCAAAGGUUGGUCUGCAAUCCAGACCGCCGCCCGCCAGAAUGGGCAAGCCCUUUGGUUCUUUCCUCGAAGUGAUGAAGUACAUUAUCGACAACGAAGGUCCCUUGGGACUCUUCAAGGGCAUUGGCCCUCAGAUCCUGAAAGGUCUGCUGGUACAGGGACUUCUGAUGAUGACAAAAGAGAGAUUGGAACUCAUGUUCGUUCUUCUUUUCAGAUACGUGCGCAAGCUCAGAGCAGAGAAGCUACAGAAGGUUGCAGAGUACGCAGCAGAGAAGGCGAAGAAAGUCGCUCCUGUCAUGAUCAAGUAG